AUGUUCGAGAUAUCGCAGUAUGUUUUCAUAGAGGAAACUACUCACAAGGUUGCUGGAAACCCGUUGACAGCCCACGACGGUUUCGCCUUUCUUGGGGCUCAUCGGCCGUCCGGCCAGUGCGACCAGGAGUUCUCACAAUUCGAUACGAUCAUGCUCGUUGUUGGCACGGUCAUCAUUGUUCUGCUGAGUAUUUUCAAGCUUGUGAGCAACCAAGAGUUGAAGUACCGUGUGGAAUUCGGCCAAAAACCACCAGGAGGAUGUUGUGCUUCGAUGCCUCACGCCAAACCCGGACUUUCCUGGGACCCUUGA